GGAUGUCAGGGCGUCACCACCACACUACCAUGCUGAGGGUGACGCCCUUCGGGCCAUACGGUGGCCUGACCUGGGACUUCCUGCGCCGGGAUCGCCAAGAAGAGACUCCCGAGCGCCUGGAAGCCCUCGGAGCAGCGUCCGGUGCUGCGGACGUUGAGUAUGAGCAGUUCAUGAAAGCCAAAGAGGUGCAGAGGGCUAUGUUCCAACAAGAGAACAAAACCAUCGUGCACCAGUGCGCGGACACGGACAUCAUCGAAGCCGCGCAGGGCUCGGUGGCGUGCAUCGACGGCAAUCAGGCAGCAGCUCACGUGGCCUAUGCCCUCAGUGACUGUGCCUUCAUCUACCCGAUCACGCCAUCCUCUCCCAUGGGCGAGAUGGUGGACGAAUGGGCCGCGCAAGGCCUGAUCAAUUGCUACGGCCAAAAGCUCAGUGUGACGGAGAUGCAGAGUGAGGCGGGCGCUGCUGGAGCCCUGCACGGAGCUCUCAAAGCCGGUGCCCUCAGCACCACCUUCACCGCCAGUCAGGGUCUGCUGCUGAUGAUCCCGAACAUGUACAAGAUUGCGGGCGAGUUGCUGCCCUGCGUGAUGCAUGUGGCCGCCCGGGCCUUGGCUGGUCAGGCGUUGUCGAUCUUCGGUGACCACAGCGACGUGAUGGCAUGCCGGGCCACUGGCUGGGCCAUGCUGGCUUCGGAGUCUGUCGAGAUGGCGCAGGUAAACGGCCUUGUGGCGCACCUCGUGUCCAUGGAGCGACGUGUUCCUGUGCAGCACUUCUUCGACGGUUUCCGCACCAGCCACGAGGUGAACAAGGUGAAACUCAUCGAUUACCAGACUAUGAAAUCCUUCAUCAACUGGGAUGCUAUCAAAGAGCAUCACGACUUGGCGCUGAAUCCCAG